AUGGCUGCUCCAUCCAUACCGAAUCUCCUUUCCCUGAGGGGCAGCGGUCGCGGCGGAGGCCGUGGAGGCAGGGGAAGACGCCAGGCUGGUCCAUCGGCCUCAUCCACAGGAGUAUCUCCAGAUGCCACUAUUCAGGGCACAGAUACCGAUGCGGCUGUGUCACGGCUGAGUGCCGUCGAACUGGGCUACCUGGAAGAUCCCUAUGCGCGGUUCUUCGUAACCGGGCCUCCGACAAGACGGCUGCCCAUUAUCAAUCGAGGUCUGUACCGCGGCACCAAGACCGCCAUAACGUCCAUACGAACAGAUACUGAUGGUCAUACAGGCACCUAUAUGCGAACCAAGUCCCUAGAUGCCAUGGUAGACGCCUUCCUCUCACACAACGGGCCCUCGCUGAAGCAAGUGAUAUCGCUUGGCGCUGGAACAGACACAAGACCACUGCACAUGCUGCAAAAGCCUGGCGCCCAAAAUCUCAUUUAUCACGAAGUGGACUUUGAGCCUACAUGCCGGCGCAAGUUGGCCAUCACCCAAUCAUCACCCGGACUACAUCGCAUAUUCAAGGACCUGAGCAUUCACGACGGCGGAUCAUGGAGCGCCGAGCCUUCAAAGGGCGGCGAGUAUCACUGCCACGCAUUAGAUCUGCGCAGCAUAUCCGAGUCCAUCACAGAGCUGCCGUCCCACAUUCGCAGCGACGUGCCAACCCUGCUCUUGUCUGAAUGCUGCCUCUGCUAUCUGACGCAGCAAGACUCUGAAAAUGUUUUAAACUUUUUCAGCUCCAAGAUUCAUAGCCUCGCGGCAUUGUUGUAUGAACCGAUGCCGCUGCAUGACGCAUUUGGCGACAUGAUGGUUUCUAAUCUCAAAGCUCGACACAUUUACAUGCCUUCUCUGCAGACGUAUAAAGACCAGCAAGGGCAACUGGCAAGGUUGCGGCACUCGGGAUUCGACAGUGUUGGGUAUGCCACGAUUGAAAAUACGUGGGAUAAGUGGGUUGAUGAGAAGGAGAGGGAGAGAGUAGAUUGUUUAGAGGGGCUGGACGAAGUCGAAGAAUGGAAGCUCCUGGCGGCGCAUUAUGUGGUGGUCUGGGGUGCUAGGGGUGCUACAUUUGGUCCCUUGGCCGAUAGGAAUCAAUCCGCAGAAAUUCAAGGUCAAAAAUGA